AUGACGGCGGAGGAGAAGAACACCGGCGAGCAUCGGGAAGGCCAAAUCGAAGCUCAAAGAAGUCAAGUGAAGGGUGGUGAGCUUCAUAGGGUCAAGGCGAAGCUAUGGGAGGGGCUGUCGUGGAUCGGGAAGGGCUGGGGUGGCGUCUGUGCCCGCGCCGCCACCAGCCGCUCGGGGCCGCUCGCCCGAGCCCGCUCCGCACCGCGCCGGCUCUGCAUCGCGCCCAAGCCCGCGCGCGUUCCUGCUCCACGCCGCCAGCACCCGCAUCCGCCCGGCGCCUGCUUCGCGCUUGCACCCGCGAGCCACGCGCCCUGCGUACUGCCGGCCCCGCCAACCGCGCGCUCAGCACUCCGCGCAUCGCCGGCGCCCACCUGCACGCCACCUGCCUCCGCCUGGACCGCGCCUCCUGCGCUCGCUCGGGCCCGUCGCUCCGCGCCUGCGCUGGCUCGCCCGGCCGCGGGCCGAGCCGCGCGCGCCGCCAAGGCUGCUCGCCAGCCGCGCGUCCCGCGCGCUCCUGCCCCCUGGGCCCGCCGCCUGGCGCCGCUCGCCUGCCUGCCGCGGCCGCCCUGGGCAGAGCGCCCCACUCCCUCCGAGCACCUGCCGUGGCUGCCUGAACCGGUGAAGGAGAGGGUAGAUGAGAGAGAGAGACGGGGAUAG